AGGACCCGAAUGGUCCUCCACGUAACACUUCUUUUCCACUUGAAUUCCAUCUACUAAAUCUGUGAAUGUAAUUAAUUAAAAUCCAAUCAAUCUGUCAGUGAUUUGACCCAGAUUACCCUUCCGGACGAUGGGCCUGCAUGGAAGUCAAUCCGGAUGUGGCAACCAUGCACAUGCGAUUCGAUCAUUCUAUUCCGUCCCCUCUCAUGGACCGAUCAGGGAUUCUCGAGAAGUCGAUACAUGUCUUCUCAUGCCGAUCCUGGUCCAAUGGGAUACAUCCACUAGCCGGCCAAAACGGGGAUUUCUUCCACAGCCCGACGGUGCGCCAUGUAUCAUAUCGCCUCUGGUCAACCUUCGAGAAAGGAGAGGGUUCACCCACGUUCUGGACCAAAGAGGCAGAUACGGUGGAAACUCAAAGCCGAAUGAGGACUAAGGGGAAAGGGAAAAAAAAAGAACAGUCCACGUCAUGGGGAUCGGCCCAAAAGAACAACGAUAGUCAGGAGGCGGGUUUUCUGAACGACUGGUUCCGAAGGAGUUCCCACGGUUCAGUCACUGCCAAGACACGCGUGCCUUAUUCUUUUUUCCAUCAAGGACCCGCGGUUGGAUUCAUUAAGGUUUUCCUGUCAGAGGUGGCCAGCCUCUUGUUAUCCAGACUGCAUUAUUGCCGCGGGAUUGAAACUUGGAACUUGGUCAAACGCCCCCUAGUAAGUAAGACAGGGGAAGGGACUGCCAAGACCCGGUCGGCGAACACAAGCGAUCCGCCGUAUGGCUUUUUUGGUGGUGAGAUCUUCCCCGUCUUAGAAUGCAGGAGAAGUCCUCAAGCUGCCGAUCAGUGGGUCCUUCACCAAGGCUGUAGGGCAUCUCGAAGGCCUGAGAGAAAAAAAAAAAGGAAUAAAACAUAAAGGAGUACCGUGCGUCGGGGAAGGAUUCGAGUCCUCAUUGGCUGUACACUCCAGAGGCAACGCGUACCAUUUCCAUUUUCCGGACAGGACCAGGUUCGUGAAACGGGUCUCUUCUCCACAUCGUGUCAGGUUGAUUUCCCUUCUAUCCUUUCUGUCUUCUUUGGUGCGUUUUUCUCUUUCCCCAUCUGCUUCGGGGCCCGUGUGGUUCAAGUCGCUAGCACACCUCUUUGGGACGUCCUCGGUAUCAUCUGGAAGCUACUGAUCCCCUAGGAUUUCAUACCCGCAAGGACUCCGUGAUGGUCAAAAUACAUGAGAUAAGGCUUUGUGGAUAUCAGUCCCGAUCACAGAUGAGACCCCACCAGAGACUGGCUCGUUUCAGGAGUCAUGAAUCCGUCUGGCUUCUGGUUUCACAGACUGGACGUUUGACACAAAACGUGUCCCCAAAAGUAUCCGUUCCGUACCUGAGAAGGUAAGUCAGUCCAGAACUCACACUAACUACCCGCCAAGUGUGGAGUAUAGAGGUGGCACGGCUGGGUACUUCUCCUACCGAAUCCGGCGGCGGUCCAUAUGAUGGGUCUCUCAAAGCACGCUCGUUGGCCUUUCUGCGUCUUUUUUCCCUGACUUUUGUUUUUGGCGUGGACAUCCAAUGGUCGACCGGCUUCAGUGGCAGGAAAUUGCUUGUCUGAUGUUCAUCUUCACCUUCACUUCCAUCCUCCGUGACCGUAGCAGUUUUCCCGUCCAGAUAGCAUUCGCGCUAAUCCCCCCAAGUA